AUGACACACGAUAAUAUCAGUGUUUUAUUUCGCCCGAUUACUGAAUUUGCAGAUUUAACUCUUCAAGUUGAAUUUCUACCAUAUCCUGGUAACGACUUCAAAGAAUCUACCAAUGAAGAUCUCCAACAAAGUUCGUUGAAUGUGAAAAAUCAGUUUACUAUUGCACAUCUGUAUGAUUAUACUGACGAAGCAUUUUCCAUCAAUAUUCUUGUUCAAGUCUCAUCUGAUAUAUCCACCAGUGAAAAGAUUAUUCACAAACGUUAUUCAGACUUUCAUGUGUUGCAUCGAGCACUAGUCCACUUUGUCGAAGUGGAAAUGAAGAAAUCCGUCAGUUAUUUUCAUCAUCGACAUGAGCAAGUUAGCAAUACUAGCGAAGUGAAUCCAUGUUUUCCGACGAGAACGGACCGAAUGGUAAUGCUGAAUGGUGCUUCCAUUCAGAAACGUCGUGAAACGUUCAAGGAGUAUCUCGAUCGAAUCGUUGAACAUCGAAAAUUUCGUCAUCAUUUAGCAACAUUUUCUUUCCUUCAUCCACGGUAUAUAAGCGAGAGCCAGAAAGAAGGUUAUUUACUCAAACGAGCUCACAGUGACUACCGUGGCCCUCGUCGUUUGAUUCAUUUACCAUCCGCUUUAAACUCGUCUCUGAUUCAUCAUCGAGAGUACUUUGUUAUUAAAGCUACUUAUACAGCUUAUAUCCGACCAGAUACAAAUGUAUUACGUUUUCCCAUACUGGUUGAUCAUGGUUUUACAUUUUCAUUAGGUUUUCAUCGUACAGGAGUUAAAAAUGGUAUUGAAGAUGCAGGUGUCAGUGUGCACGCGAUUGUUUACAAAGAUGUGCCAUUUACUAUGGACUUGAAUGGUCUACAUACAAAACGCGUAGUUCUCUUAUGGUCCCAUCAGAAAGUUGCAUUUCUCAUUCGAAUCGAUCUAUGA